AUGGAACCACAAAUACUUAAAAAUCUAAAAUUUCAAUAUAUUAAACCUUCAGAUAUUUAUAGUUUGGGUGUAUUAAUGUGGGAAAUUUCUAGUGGGCAUCCUCCAUUUAGUGAGUAUAAUAACGAUAUGUCAAUGAUUAUUGCUAUAGUUAAUAAAAUAACUCGCGAGGAUGUUGUACCAAAUACUCCUGAGGAUUAUGAAAAACUUUACAAAAAAUGCUGGAGCCAGGAACCUGAGCAAAGACCAACUAUUAUAGAAGUUUUGGAAGUAUUUUCAAAGAUGGGCUUUAGAACGAGUAUUAAGGAUGAAUCAGCAAAACCAAACGAUUCUGAUUCUGAAUCACAAGUUGACUCAGAAAACGUUCAAGAUGAUAUAAAAGAUUUAUCUGGUAUUGAAGGUUUAUCUG